AAGUAUGAAUUGCUUCCCAACUAUUUAAAAAUCUAAUGUCCUCAAUGAAAUUAAAUAAGUAAAUUACAUUAUUGUUCUAAAUCACUGUAAUCAAUUUCUCCCAUUGAUAUGCAUUGUAGGCUUAGUUUGCAUGUAAUUCCAAAACGUUGAGGACUUUUUUUUUUCCCUCAACUUCUUCACAUUUGCCUAGGAUUGAGCUUCUUCAUGAAGUGUAGGAUCAGGAGGUCGCUUUCGUUUUUGACCUUCUUCAGUUUAAACGCGUCUUGGGUUUGAAUGUUGACUUUAGUUUCUGGUCGGUUUGUCUUCCAAUGUCGACUUCAUCAUUGUUUGAAAUGCGUCUGGUCCCAGCGGGAGCUACGGAUUAAUUUGAACCUCAAAACUCCUUGCCAAACAAGGCGGGAGCUGACUUUUUUGGUCCCACCGUUGCAGUGUUACUGGCUCAAAUUCUUGGUGACCAUGCAAAUUGCAAUCAAGAUAUUUUCAAUGUGAUAAGAUUUCUUCUUUUAAAUGCAUUGGGGGUAAAUGAAUGAUACUUGGUUUUUGAGCUGCUCUCUCUUAAGAAACAGAUGGAGCAUUCACGUAGUUCUCAUGGUAGGCUGAUUUUGUUUAAAUUCUAUCAUGGGUUCAUUCUAAUUUUGUGCAUGAGCACAGCUCUGGAAUCUGCAACACUGCCCAGCACUAGUUUCGGAAACGGAACUGAUCGUCUGGCUCUGCUAGAUUUCAAGAAAGGAAUCACUAGUGAUCCUCUCCAUGUCAUGAGCUCCUGGAAUGAUUCCAUCAACUUCUGCAGCUGGAUUGGCGUUACGUGUAACCAUUCCACAAAAAGAGUCUUGAGUUUGAACCUGGAAGCUCAGAACUUGGCAGGCUCCAUACCACUUUCUAUAGGAAAUCUUACUCAUUUGACCUGGAUCAACCUGGGAAUCAACAGCUUUCAUGGCCAAAUUCCUCAAGAAAUGGGUCGUCUACGGAGCCUGCAAUAUCUCAAUAUGUCUUACAAUUCUUUUGGUGGGAAUAUUCCAACUAAUAUAUCUCACUGUACACAACUAAGUGUGCUGGAUCUUUUUUCCAAUGAGAUUAUUGGGGUUAUUCCGGACCAACUCAGUUCAUUGUUGAAUUUAAAUCAUCUAUGGCUUUCUCUUAACAAUCUCACUGGAACCAUCCCAGGUUGGAUAGGAAACUUUUCAUCUUUGAAUAGUCUUCGUCUUUCUCACAACAAUUUUCAAGGAAGCAUACCCAAUGAGCUCGGUCGUCUAACAGCCUUGGGGAGAUUCGUACUUCCAGGGAAUCACUUGUCUGGUAAGGUUCCUGCUUCAAUCUAUAACAUAUCUUCCAUAUACGUUUUCAGUGUUGUUGGAAACCAGCUGCAGGGAGAGCUACCACCAAAUGUUGGUAUUACUCUUCCCAAUCUUGAACUAUUUCUCGGUGGUCGCAACAGAUUCACAGGAAAUAUUCCUGCCUCGUUGUCAAAUGCUUCUAGACUUCGGAGUAUUGAUUUUGGUCAAAAUGGUCUCACUGGAACUAUUCCUGCUGAAAGUCUUGGAAGCUUGCAAAGCUUAGUUAGGCUAAACUUUCGUCGUAAUAGAUUGGGAAGUGGGAAAACUGGUGACUUGAAUUUCCUUAGCUUCUUGGCUAAUUGUACUAGUCUGGAGGUGUUGGGUCUUUCCAGAAAUCAAUUUGGAGGUGAGCUGCCAGGAUCUAUAGCCAACCUUUCAACCCAACUCAAACAUCUUACUAUAGGGGGCAAUCUGAUACAUGGAAGCAUCCCUACUGACAUUGGAAAUCUCUUAAGCUUGAACACUCUGGAAGUGGAACAUAACUAUUUGGGUGGGAGUGUCCCUGAUGGAAUUGGGAAGCUUCAGAAAUUAGGGAGACUGGUUUUGAAUGUUAACAACUUUUCUGGGCCAAUCCCAUCCUCCUUAGGUAACUUGACUUCAUUGACACAGCUCUUCAUGGAGGAUAAUAGGUUUGAAGGAAGUAUACCUCCAAGUCUUGGAAAUUGCCAAAAUCUACUGAUACUCAAUCUUUCUAGUAACAACCUAACUGGUACCAUACCUAAAGAGCUUAUUGGGCUUUCAUCCCUUUCAAUUUCUUUAACCAUUUCUAACAAUUCAUUGACUGGUCCACUACCAUCUGAAGUGGGUGAUUUAAUACAUCUGGCAGAGCUAGAUGUAUCCGGAAACAAGUUAUUUGGUGAGAUCCCUACAACCCUUGGCAGUUGUAUAAUGUUGGAGCGUCUGCAUUUGGAAGGUAAUGAAUUUCAAGGAACAAUUCCUCAAUCUCUUCAAAAUUUAUCAAGCUUGGAAGAAAUAGAUCUUUCACGCAAUAAUUUGUCUGGGCAGAUUCCUGAAUUUCUAGGCAAGCUUAGUUUUCUUAAGUGUCUCAAUCUUUCUCAUAAUGAUUUUGUGGGUGAAAUUCCUAAAGAUGGGAUCUUUUCAAAUGCAAGUAGUUUCUCAGUUCUUAGAAAUGACAAGCUCUGCGGUGGCAUACCAGAAUUACUUCUGCAUGCAUGCUCCGACAAAAAGCCCCAUUCAUCUCGAGGAGUACUUGUCCCAAAAGUAGGUAUCCCUCUAGCAUGUGCACUUGCGUUCAUAGUUGCUCUAUCAUGCUUCAUUGUUGCUUGUUCAAUGAUGAAAAAGUCAAGAGGUAGACCUUUGACUUCACGUUCUUAUAAGGAUUGGAGAUUAGGUGUCUCUUACUCAGAACUGGUUGAAUCAACUGACGGGUUCUCUGUGGACAAUCUGAUUGGUUCGGGCAGUUUUGGUUCUGUUUACAAAGGAGUUCUCCCUGGUGAUGGAACGGUAGUUGCUGUUAAGGUAUUAAACCUUCAACAAGAAGGAGCUUCCAAGAGUUUCAUUGAUGAAUGCAAAGCUUUAAAAAGUAUAAGACAUCGUAAUCUUCUCAAGAUCAUAACUGCUUGCUCAACCAUUGAUUAUCAGGGUAACGACUUCAAAAGUCUAGUUGUUGAGUUCAUGAAAAAUGGAAGUCUAGACACGUGGCUGCAUCCAAGAGAUGAUGGGCAAUCUCAAAGCAACAGAUUGACCCUUAUCCAAAGACUCAAUAUUGCCAUUGAUGUUGCGUCUGCAUUAGAUUAUCUGCACUAUCGUUGCGAAACCUUCAUUGUUCAUUGUGAUCUAAAACCAAGCAAUGUUCUUCUUGAUGAAGAUAUGGUAGCCCAUGUUGGUGACUUUGGUUUAGCAAGCUUCCUCUUGGAAAGACCAAAUAAUUCCCCUGGAAGUCGAACAAUGUCAGCUGGUCUAAAGGGUUCGAUAGGCUACAUUCCCCCAGAGUAUGGCAUGGGAGGGAAAGUUUCCAUCCUCGGAGAUAUUUAUAGCUAUGGAAUACUGUUGCUAGAAAUGUUCACCGGAAAAAGACCUACAAGUGACACGCUCAAAGAUGGUCUAACCAUUCACCAAAUCACAGCCAUGGCAAUGCCUGACUGUGCUAUGGACAUAGUUGACCCUUCAUUGAUCAUAGAAAGAGAUGACUCGGGUUCUGAUGAUGAUAGAUAUGUUAAUGACAUACAAGAAAGACAAAUUACAAGAUAUCAGGAUUGCAGCACAGUUGAAGGAAGAAGAUUGGAGGAAUGUUUGGUUUCAGUGAUGCAGAUAGGGCUCUCAUGCUCUGCAAUAUCCCCAGCAGAGCGAAUGCCUAUGAAUGUUGUUGUCAACAAAAUGAGUGGAAUUAGAGACUCAUAUCUGAACGUAAGAAGAAGAAGCUAGCAAUAUACAAGAUAGGGCUAGGACGAACAGAAACAUCUAUGUUUAGCGGUUAUUGUUGGAGUCCCACCUUGUUGAAUGACUAGAAUAACACUGGAAAAUCGUCAUGAGCAUUGAGCACCACUGGAAUAUUAUGCAAGCCUACCAGGAGCAGGUUUGUUUUGAGAUUGAGGAAUCAUUUUAUUUGGUUAGGGCGGAGUUUAGCUGCUGGAAAUCUAAAAAACUCAUCUAAUAACAUAAAAUUAUGAGUUUAGCUGUUUUGAGAUUCAUAAUCAUUAGAAAUCUUAUUAGAAUCUUAUUAGAAUCUUAUUCAUAAUCAUAAAAUUAUGAGUUUAGCUGUUUACUCAAAGAAAUUGGUAAAUGUCUAAGAAAUUACUCAAAGGAAAAUUGCUUAGUGAAGCGAGUCACAGUAUCUGUUACACUCUGGAGAAAAUAAAUAUCUUUAGUCACGUGAGAAGACCAUUAAUGUGAAAACUUGACUCUAAAUUUCCUGCUAGACACGGUGGGAGCUUGACUCUAAUUUGGUCUUCAACAUUCUUUUCUAUAUAUGAGUAUAGUAGGGUUUCUUCUUUCUUAUGCAUGCAUUUGUGUAAACAAAAC